AUGUCCCCACAUGACGCAGUGACGCAGGUGGCACAGGUGUCAGGUGACACGCGCAUCGUGGGUGGCCACGCCUGCGUCCUGCACUCGCAGCCCUGGCAGGUGACACAGGUGACACUCUCAGUGACGCAGGUGGCACAGGUGGCAGGUGACACGCGCAUCGUGGGUGGCCACGCCUGCGUCCCGCACUCGCAGCCCUGGCAGGUGGCCGUGCUGGACAUGUACAAGCUCUACUGCGGCGGCGUCCUGGUGGCACCGCGCUGGGUGGUGACAGCGGCGCACUGCACCACACCUGGGGUGACCACGGUGGCGCUGGGCAAGCACCGGCUGUACGCGCGCGAGGCGGGCGAGCAGCGCCGCAUGGUGGCCCGCAUGGUGGCCCACCCGGGCUACGACCCGUCCACCAAGGACAACGACAUCAUGCUGCUGCAGCUGCUGGCCCCCGCCGCCAUCUCCGACCGCGUCCGGCCCGUGCCGGUGGCCUCGUGCCUGCCCCGCCCCGGCACCACCUGCGUCACCUCGGGCUGGGGGGCCACCACCUCGCCUGAAGUGACGUACCCCGAGGUGCUGCAGUGCGUCAACGUCACGCUCUUCUCCCCGGCCGAGUGUCGCCGCUUCUACCCCGGCUCCAUCACCGACAACAUGAUCUGCGCCGGGCACCUGCAGGGCGGCCAGGACUCCUGCCAGGGCGACUCCGGCGGCCCCCUGGUGUGCGAGGGCGCCCUGCAGGGCAUCGUCUCGUGGGGCAUGGAGCGCUGCGGGCAGCCGCGGCGGCCCGGCGUCUACACCAAGGUGUGCCGCUACGCCCGCUGGAUCCAGGAGACCAUGGGGGACACCUGAGGGACGCCGGGGGACACCUGGCGGACACCUGGGGGCACCUGGGGACACCUGGGGGGCGCCUGGGGGC